AUGGAAGCUCUUAGCAAUAAAGACUUGCACCCGGCAAACGGAUCAAUUGUUCCACAUCUUCUACUCCUAGCAGCUCAGAUAUUGAUACUUGCCGGCCCUCGCCAGCUUCCCGGACGCCGAAUAAUAGCCGCAACGACAAUUCUCACUCUGGCGGUGGUAGCCCAAUGCAACAGAUUUACCAACAACCCAGGACUUGCCAACCUCUUUGCGCUGGCCUGGCCUCACUGGCUCUCGGCCCUGGAAAAGACUGUCUUUGCAUCCCCUGGGGGACCCGAAGCCGAUCUAUGGAGAAUAGACCGCGCCGUUAGAGAAGCUGUUGCAUGGCCGGCUCUCGGGUGGAGGAAGAUAAAAUGGGCAGUGACCAUUGUGCUCAACCUCAGGGGUAUCCGAUGGAGCUACCAGGUCAAAAAUGUGCCACCAGUGCCAGGAUUGGAUCGAAUGAGCCGUACACGAUUUCUGAUAUGGCGUCUCACUGAGUUCGGCUUGGUUAUUUUGAUGGCAGACCUGGUGUCGCAGAUGGGGCUUCGUUUUUUCUUUAGUGAUGCCGCCGGCGUUGUGGGAACGCUGGACUCCAAAUACAUCACAGUCAGCGACCAUCGACUGGGAUGGAGCUUUCUGAAGGCUUUGACAUUUGGACUGGGACCAUACUACUUUAUCAAUAUGCAGUAUCUAGUCGUCUCAAUUGUGGCCGUGGCCGUGGGAAUCAGUCGACCAUCGGACUGGCCACCGCUGUUUGGUAAACUGAAAGAAGCCACCACGGUGAGAAACUUCUGGGGUAUAUUUUGGCAUCAAAUGCUGCGCAGGAGCCUGAGCACUAUCACCGGCGCCUUUGUUGAUGCUGUAGGCAUACGUAGGGGCACAAAUGCAUCCUCCUAUACGCAGCUCUGGCUGGCAUUCACCAUCUCGGGGGUGAUGCAUGCCUUGUCACAGCUCCUGAUGCCUCGGCCAGCCAAUAUCACACCCGGCGAGAUCGUUAUUGGCAUCUUCCUCUUUUUCCCUUGUCAAGCGGCGAUGAUCACGGUCGAAGACUUCGUCAUCUGGCUCUGGAAGAAACAUCUCGGCCUGCAGACGCCACGGUGGGCGCCAGCCUUGGGCUACAUCUGGGUUGUCUGCGCUCUCUGGUUCUCGCUCCCAUUUGCCGGCGACUCCAUGGUCCGGCUGAAGAUGGGAGAAGUGCCUCCGCUCCCCUUUACGCUGACGGCUCCUCUCGUGCGCAUGAUUCCAGUUCCAUGA